GUCAAUUGAUCGGAAUUUGGAACGCUUUUGGAAGAUCGAAGAGAUUAAUAUUUCUACAGCAACCCCUACUGAACAGUAUUGUGAAGAGUUUUACAAACAGACUGUGGAUAGAGACACUACAGGUCGAUGAUGAUGAUGAUGAUGGUCCCGCCACAUACCCCUACAAAGGCAGUUACAAAUUGGAUGAACAAAAUGUAAAACACUUUGUUGUGGAUGUUAUCGAAGAAUUCAUAUGUGGUGAUAAUUCUCAGUCGUAUUUAGAGCGUAUGAACAAAGAAGAUCGUGCGGCAGCAGUUUGUGGACGAGUAUUUAAAAUAGGCGAGCCUACGUACAGUUGCCGUGAAUGCAGUAUGGAUCCAACAUGCGUUUUGUGUUCGACGUGUUUUAAAAAAUCGCCACAUCGAAUGCACAAGUACAAAAUGUGUACUUCUGGUGGUGGUGGUUGUUGUGAUUGUGGAGAUCAGGAGGCAUGGAAGAAAGACCCAUUCUGCAAGGAUCAUAGUCCAGCUGCCAUUUCGAAUGAGUGUAUUAUUACAGAAAAAAUUAAAGAGUGUUGCGAGUUAGCUUUCAGAGGAAUUUUGCAAUACUGUGCCACAACCUUGCAAACUCAGUCCAACUGUAGCUUUGAUGACAUUGAUGAUGAAGAUAUUUAUUGCACAAUUUUGUAUAAUGAUGAAACACACACAUUUGAUCAAGUGAUCCAAACAUUAACAUCCAUAGUUAAAUGUUCUCAAAAAGAAGCCAUCGAGUAUGUAACCAGUAUAGAUCGUGAAGGAAGAGCUAUUGUUAAAUGUGCCACAUUCGAAGCAUGUAGAAAACUGAAAGAAGAUAUUGAAAAUAAGGUGAUACGAUCGACAAUGACAUCUAAAAUAUCUCCAUUAAAAGUUCAUGUUCUACAUAAAAAUGAAGUAGCUUGUCAACAUUUGGCGAUGCAAAUGCUUGUGUGGUUUCAAGAAUUUUUAUGUAAGCACUCAACAUUUAGGCAAAUAUUUUGUAACGUUGUAAAAGAAAUAAAUUCUAUGCAUUCCUAUAACCUCAAGCAGAUUAUAAUCAAUGAUCAUAAGCUUUGGAAAUCAGCUCGUACUUGCUGGCAUAGAUUGUUAAUAUCAGGCAUGUUGAUGGAAUAUGAAAACAAAAAAACGUUGGCAGUGAUGUUCACAAAGCUAUAUUCCAAUUUAAUGCAAGAUUUCAUUAGGGAUGAUCAUUACCAUUCAUUUUCAAUUGCAUCCCUCAGUGUUCAACUUUUUACGGUACCAACAAUAGCACAUUACCUUAUUGCACAUGAGCUUGCAUUAUUCAAAUUAAUGCAUACAUUUUAUUCUGAGUCAAUAGAAAAGUAUGUUAAAAACAAGCUAUUGCAAUUUGCGAAAAAUACGUCAACCAUGAAUGUAUUCAAGCGAGCAUCCUAUAUUUUGAUAGAUUUGAAGUACCUUCUAAGCUUCAAGCCAAAUGUUUGGACACAGGAAUUAAGAACAGGAUUUCUUCAUGGUGUGCAAAUUUUGAUACGUUUGUUAAAAUGUAUGCAGGGAAUGGAUGCUGUUACGCGUCAAGUAGGACAGCACAUGGAAUACGAACCCGAAUGGGAAACAGCUUUUACUUUACAUCUGAAAUUAUCUCAUUUACUAUCGCUUAUUUUGGAAUGGUGCAGUUCAGACAAAGUAAUAAUGGUAAAAGUUUACCGCAUGUUGUUAACUGCUCUAGCUGAAACAAAAUUUAUAGUGUCAGAAACCAAAGUUGGAGUACUCGAAUUGGCAAACCAUAGUGUAGCGUGCUUGAUGUACGAUGUAGCAUCUAAACCAGUUUCAAUUCAUUUACCGUUAACAAGAUUUAUGGCUGGACUAUAUGUAAACUUUCAGCAAUUUGACUUGUUUGAUGAUGUGGUAACAACGACAUCUUCUGAUAAACUUUCUUUAGAACAAAUCAUUGAACCUGUUUUAUGUACACGAGUUAUGAUUUCUCAGGUGUACGCAGGGAUGUGGCGUAGAAAUGGUUAUUCUUUGCUGAAUCAAUUAUAUUUUUACCGAAACGUCAAGUGCCGUUAUGAAAUGCUUGAUCGCGACAUUGCUAUGCUUCAGGUUGGUGCAGCUUUAAUAGAAAGUAACGAAUAUUUGAUACACAUCAUUAACAAAUUUAACCUGAUUGAAUGGACUCAUGAUGAUUUUGAACCAGCAAAUACGACGAAUCCAGAGGAGGAUUGUGUAAGGCAAACGAUUAAUAUGGUUGACGAGUUGCUGGAGUUGCUAAUUAUAAUAGUGGGCGAACGAUUCGUUCCUGGAAUAGGAAUGAUAGCUGAGGAUGACCGAAUAAAAAAGGAAAUUGUUCAACAACUAUGCAUUAAACCCUUUUCACAUUCCGAGUUGAAUCGCACAUUGAAUGAAGAUUACAGCAGCGAAACAGGAAUGGAAAAUGUGAUUGACGAAAUUGCUAUCUUCGAAAUGCCUACUAAUUCGGAUAAGAAGGGAGUGUAUAAGUUGAAACCAGACUACUUCUCUUGGUACAACAUCUACUUUUACCAUUAUAGCAAGGAAGAUAAAUCCAAAUCUGAAGAAUUGCAAAGAAAACGUCGAAAGGAAAAUGGAGAGCUUGUCUGCUGUCCACCGCCUGUUUUGCCCAAACUCACUCCGCCUUUCAGUAUGCUUUCAAAUCUUCUGCAAUGCGAUGUCAUGAUGCUCAUUAUAGAAACAGUAGUAAAAAGGGCUUUGGAUCUUAAGGCAACUACCUUUUCGGAAAGUCAUCUGCAGAAGGUGCUACAUUUGAUUGGAUACGCAAUACAAGAGGAAGAAUCAGGAUUUUAUCCUUUCCUGAAAUUUGCUGAACGGUCUGACCAAAUCAAAAUUUUCCCAAUGCUAGAAGAGCUGAUAAAUAAUCCAAGAGUUGAAUCACAAAGAGAUCUUCUCUUAUGGGUCCUACAUAAAUACAAGAGUGUAAUUACAAAGCGUCUAGAUGAAAACAUUGACGAGGAACAGGUUACCCAACACCAGACUUCUAAAACGCAGAUUGAAGUUGAGCGAUUAGAAAAAAAAGAACGAGCCAAACUAGCAGCGCAACGACGCGCUCAAAUUCUUACUCAAAUUCAAAAUGCACAGAGAAAUUUCAUGACAACAAAUGCCGAAAUGUUCGCAAGUAGUUGUGAUACCGAAGAUACAGCGUGCAAUAGUAGUAUGGAUUGGCAAGUGAUAACUGAAGAAUCAGACGAGCAAGCAUGCAUUGGCGCAAACAGAAUAAUUCAGCGGAUGGAUGAAUCUCGAUUUCGAUGUAUUCUUUGCUCUGAGGAAUCAGCGGUAACCAAGAAAGAUGAAUGCAUGGUAUAUGCCGCUUUUGUUCAGAAAUCGAGUGUGCUUCUUCGCUAUCAAGAAACAGAUAGCCGUGGCCAAUUGAAGUUUUUAGAAAUUAGCACUCAUCCGUUGCCACACGUUGGAACAUGUGGGCAUGUAAUGCAUGCUUCUUGUUUCGAAAAAUAUUUUAAUAAUGAAAUGAUUAAAGAAAACCGCCGACCAUAUCGAAACAGGACACCGGUGCUUUUCGAUAUAGAAAAACGAGAGUUUCUAUGCCCGCUUUGCAGAUAUUUGAGUAACGCCUUACUACCAUUAUUACCCUCUCUUGGAAGCUUUAACGAAAAUACAAGUUUUUUGAAAACUGUUCCUGAUAAACUAGAAUUCCGUACAUGGAUUGAUCUAAUGAACGAAAUCAUCAAUGAUUUGAAAUGUUUAAAUAACAACGAAGUCGAAAGUCAAGAUUCAGUAGAUGAAAUCAUGAGGCAGACAAAAAACUUCUUCGAGGAAACUGUGAUAAAUAAAUUGGCGUCCAUUUUUGAUAUUACGUCCGAUACAAAUAUAUCGAAUUAUACAUCGGUUGUCAGUGAUUCGAUUGGAGAAUAUGUUGAUAAAUUUUGCCAUGCAAUACAUGCUGUAGCUCCAUUUCCGACAACUACGAAGAAUUUUGAAGAAUAUCUGAUAACAUGGUUAUCUUGUUCAUACACAAUAGAAUCAUUGGAAAUGAUACUGCGUGCUACAGAUAAACCGCUUAAUGGAGAGUUUUCUAUAAGGUAUUCGUCAUGCUUAACUGGAUUCGUUAGAAUGGCUGCUGUGCUAGGAAAUAAUAUCAGAAUGUUUAACCAAAGCUUUAUUGUUUACAUAUGUGAUUUAUAUGAUAUGCUAUUCGGCAAAAAGAAGUCAUCGUUUUUAGAAUGGGAUACAUUCAGCAUGAUGACAACUAUGAUAUUUUCUACUCGUUGUAUACUUUUCUAUAUGAGUAAAGAAGAUACGAUUCCCAAAGGCAAUGUUUUAGACCAAGACAUCUUGACAGCUAUGUUCCUGGUUAAUGCAUUAAGAAUAGUUGUGACUCAUGAAAUGAAUUUUUCCAAUGUGAUGGAUUGUGACGAAAAUGUCAUUGAAGACUGCAGUAAUCUGGUUGAUAUAUAUAAAAAUUAUAAUAUAUACUAUGAAAGCAGAUUGCCUGUAUCCAAAUACAUCAAACAACAGUUAGUACAUAUAGUGAGAAAGCAAAGUCAAACUUUUUUACGCUGUGCCAGUCUUUUGUUCCAUGCAAUUACCGACGUAGAAUUGCCGGAAGAUGAUGAGUUUGAAGCACUUGCAACAUAUCUUGGCUUGCAAAGUGAUGUUUGUGCAUAUUUCAAAAAUGAUACUUAUUACGGUUUCAUGACAACAAUUAUCAACGCAAAUCAGCAAGAGCUAUUAACUGUGAGACAAAACCUCCGAAAUAAACAAUCAGAAGAUAUUGUUCCCAUUAUUCAAGCAAUUCCGCCAAUACGGCAAUUGAUAGAUCUUCCAGAAGACUAUGCUGAUUUGAUCAACAGUGUGUCGAACUUUUCUUGCCCCAACAACCUGAGAGACGAAUCACGAAAUCCCACUAUGUGCUUAGUUUGCGGAGAAAUUUUAUGCUCUCAAUCAUUUUGUUGCCAAAAGGAAUUAAAUAAAAACUCUGUUGGGUCAUGCACAUAUCACGUACAUACUUGUGGCGCUGGAAUAGGAAUGUUUUUGAGGAUUCGAGACGCGGAGAUAUUGCUACUUGGAUUGAAUAAAGGAUGCUUCAUCCCCGCACCAUACAUAGAUGAAUACGGUGAAACGGACCAAGGACUUCGGAGAGGAAAUCCGCUGAAAUUCUGUAAAGACCGCUACAAAAAGUUACAUAUUAUGUGGCUUAGCCAUGGAAUACACGAAGAAAUUACCCGUAAAACUGAAAUUCAGCAAACACUUUUUGCAACGCAAUGGCAAAACCUCUGAAGCUAUCAUUGUUCAAUAGAACGAUGUAUAUUAAAGCGUGUUUCAACAAAAAUCGAAGUACAUUAGUCAUUGCUUACGAUUCUACUUAAUUUGGUCAAAAGAAUGCAAAGCGAAUGUAGAAUCCCCGUAGAUUUAAUCUUUGUACAUAGUUUUUCUUUUUGCAAUAAAGGUAUUGGAAAGCUCGCAGAGUUUCAA